UCCCUUUAAUUUUGAGACGCCAUUUGUUGAAGAAAAAACGCUACACUUCAUGCCGAUCAUUAAAAGUAAAACAACGUAGACAGUCAGAUUGAAGAGGUGAGCUGAAAAGGUGGCUGGUACAGAAAAUAUGGCAGAGUCACAGUCAGUAGAUAACAAUGACAGUAUGGUUGAACAGAUGUUAACAUGUCCAAUCUGUAUGCAUGAUAUGUCUGGCGUGUCAAUAACACACUGCGGACACCGUUUCUGUACCCCGUGCAUACUGCAGUGGCUAGAACAACAUCCAAACUGUCCAGCUUGCAGGAAACAAAUAACUGACAGUCAUCUUAUCGAGGAUCAGAAUUUUGACGAACUUGUCCGAGCAUUAAAGGAAGCACGUGCACCAGUUGAAGAGAACAAUGGUGUUGACAAUCAGGAUCAGCAGCAACAGCCGCAGACAGGUGAAACUGGCAGUGCAUCUGUUGAAAAGCCAGAUGCCACCAUGAUACAGAGGGACCAAGAUAUACGAAAUCUUACAAACAGCCUUCUGGCACUGAAAGAUCGAGAAAUCACCAAACUUGAAGCCGUCAUCCAGGAACACGCUGACACAAUAACUCAACUCAAUGACAAGGUCCGAGGACUUGAAACCAACAUAAUGACUCUGCGAACAGCUUCACUACAGACAAUGAACCAGAAGAAAUCAUUGGAAGACAAGCUUCGUGAAAACACUCAAGAAUUACAAACAGCUAAAGCCCAGCUAGUGGAGCUUGAAACCACAGAAAAGGAAUGUUUGCAACUAAGUUGUCAGGUCCAGCAACUGCAGAUGUUUGAGAGUAUGUAUGAAGAUACUGCCUACCAACUGAAGCAUCUCAAUGAGAAUGUACUGCCAAGUAAAGAUUCUACCAUUGCUCAACUACAAGAAAAGACCUUAGAUCUUAUCAAUGAAACAGCUAGCUUGCGUCAAAACAACAUUCCACUGGAUCAACAUGUCCACAUUCUUCAGACCAACUUACAACAGACAAUACAGAAACUUCAGCAUUACUAUGAUGAAGAAUAUGGAACAAAAAUAACGAGAACAGAAAAAGUGAAUGAUACUCUAAGAAAAUUACUGGAGGAAAAAGAAAAUGAACUACAAAAUAGAGAAGAUGUUGGAGAUGAACUUAAAUCGGCAACAAGAACCUACAAGAAACUGAUAAAGGAGAACUGCGAUCUCAAAGACACAGUAAAAGAACAGGGUAAACAGAUACAGCGUUUGACACAGGACUAUGCUCAUUCAAAAGAGAGAACAAAUGAACUGGAACACAAGAUCAGUGUCUAUAAGAAUUUAAGAGGCGAGGAGUGAUUCAGUCUUACUGUUGACAAUAGAUGCCAAGCCUGAGGGUGCAGAUGAAUAAGAUGUGUCAAGAAAAUGUAAACUGCAAAAUGUUGUCUCUUUACUGUAAAGCAAUGAGCAAAUGAGUUCCAUAAUACAGUUGAUAUCUGUCUGUACAACAGUAUGGCUAUGUACACUGAUAUCACUUUGUACACUGUUAUCACUCUGUACACUGAUAUCACAUUGUACACUGUUAUCACACUGUACACUGAUAUCACUUAAAUUAAUGUCACUUUGUAUACUGAUAUUAUGCUGUACAUAGAUACCGCUGUCCAUAGAUAUCGCUCUGUAUAAAGAUAACACUAUGUACACUGGUACACUGUAUAUAUUGAUAUCUCCUAGUGUAUAUUGAUAUCUCCUAGUGUAUAUUGAUAUCUCCUAGAAUACUGAUACUACUCAAGCCACUGAAAAAAUUUGAUAGUAAAAUAAUUAUACAGUUAUUGCCUUGUAAUCUGUUUCAUUUUUGUAAAUAAUUUAUAAAGCAUUUGUCGUUAAAUUGAUGCAAUAGUACUGGUAAGCAUGUGGUUAUUUUUCCAUGUAGUUUAUUUGUAUAUUUUUGUACUUGCAACAUUACUUAAUAUCCAGGCUAUUGAAAAUAAAACUGUUCAUCUUUAAAA